AACAACAGUGUUUGAGGGUGUGACACUAACAGAAACAGUGUUUGAGGGUGUGACACUAACAACAGUGUUUGAGGGUGUGACACUAACAACAACAGUGUUUGAGGGUGUGACACUAACAACAACAGUGUCUGAGGGUGUGAUACUAAUAAGACACCUGAGUGCCAGUUUUAAAAGAGCUCACACCAUCAUGUCAACACGGAAGUUAGGACGAGUGAUACUCCUGGCCGCCUCCGUCUCCGUCUACCUCACGGGCGUCCAGGUAGUGUUGGAGGAGACGCUGGCUCAGCACCCUGGCGCUGAAACCUUCAACAACGGUCAACCACACCAGCAGCAAGAGGUCAAGAGUAGAGGUCGCUUAACCAAGAGAUUACACACCACACAGGAGGUCCCGAGGCCACUCCAGGGUGGUACAGACCACCUGGUGCUGGAGGCGAGACUCGAAGCGUCUGGAGUGACGGUGUGGGUGGACGGUGUACAGGUGUACAGACUAUUCAACAAGACCCUGCCAUGGGCUGAUAAUCUUGCCCGCCUUCACGCUGGGGUUCACCUGCUGACCCUGCACGAGAGGUCAGGUCAGGUUAUGCGGGCCGCUACCUACCUGACAUGGCAGCCGGAGAACAACAGGCAGCUAAGCCAGGCACUGAAUGAUGCCAGGGACGGCCGCCUCCUGCUACUGCUGGCCACACCGGAGUUCACCAUGUUCCUGGGGCAAGAGGUGGUGGAGCAGCUGAAGUCUCUGGGCUCAAAUUUCGCCGAUCGUCUGGCAAAGUACGAAUCGUGGUGCCUGGUGGCGCAGAAGGGGGUGGGUGUGUUGCACGAGGUCCUCACCACCGUCACUCACAGCCUUGGGAGCCAAGCAGCGGACGCUUCCCCCACCUUCCUCCAGCUGAUGGUACCCCUCACACAAGAACGGCAGUGUGGCUGGUAUGGUGAGGCGGGGAUGCGGGAGCGAGCCACCUUCUGUGAAACUUAUGAUGGCUACGGCGACUUCUGCAGCUGUGAUGACCCGCCCUGGUCACCUGUACCCAAGAACUCCGUGGAGUACCCGGUGCAGGAGGUGAUCCCUGUUGCCAUAGUAACAGCUCACCGGCUGCCCCACGUCCUGCGUCAGGUGGGGCAGGCGUGGGCCAGCCCCGGCGGCACUAACACGCCCAUCACCAUCUACGUCGACGGCCACAACCCUGAGGCGCGAGCACUGGGCGCCCUCCUCAACGUGCCUGUGGUCGAACAUGACAACCCAGUCCCUCUUGGUUCGUCGGCCAGAGUCAACGAGCAUAUCAAGUUCGCCGUGAGAGAAGUAUUCGAAGGGCACCCCACUGCCAAUCUCGCUAUUAUCCUGGAGGAUGACCUCGACCUGGCACCUGACUUUAUUCCGUACUUCCACCAGACUGCCCCCCUGUUAACCUCAGACCCGUACCUCAUGUUCGUGAAUGCUUUCAACUACAACUCUUACGCCCACACCGCCUAUGACCCCCGCAGGCUGUACCGCGCCCACGGCAUCCCUGGCUAUGGCUGGAUGACCACUCGCCAGGGGGCCGCUGAAAUGCUUGCUAACUGGGUCCCCGUCAACCAGACCAACGCGGUGUGGGAUUGGUGGGUGAGGGCGAAGGUGAUGAGGGAUAAGGACAUGUUAAUGCCGGAGGUGCCCAGGACCCGUCACAUGGGAGGCGGCGGCACUCACAUCUCGGGCUUCGACCAGGUCCUCUUCUCGAGCCAACCUCUCAACAACCUCUCCCUCGUCCAACUCGAUGUAGGCAGCGCUAAGGAGGGCAACUACGAGUUCCACAUCCGGAAGGAGAUGAGUUCAGCCCAAGUGGUGACCCUAACCCACCAUCCCUCAGGUCACACCACUACCCAUGCACAAGACCAACAAGACCUACCUGCUGUACAUCUACCAACCUGGUGAGAACCGGAAACACAAAGCGUACGAAGUCGUCGCCGUGUGUCUAGGCAUCAACGACCGGGACAUACACGAGAACCUACGGAUGAUGAUACCUUCCCUUUCUACGGCAACCAGGUGUACCUUGUCGCCUGCCCCCACUCACCUUACUGCCGACCGAACAACAAACGGAUGGUCUACAAGGCGACCCAGGACGACGCUGACUUCGCCAGAGAGAGUACCUCCUUCAAACCGCCUCUCAGGAUUAACUACGCCCUCAGGGUUCCCUCUCGGGACCCCCAACAGGAGUUUAACUUACUAAAUCGACAAGUUGUGGAUUAUACCACAGGGGGAUGACACGCUCAUGAACGACCUAAGUGGAGAUAGUCUACUAAGUAAAUGUAAUCUUCUAGACUAGACUCAAACCUGCUUCAGAGGCAAAGGCCAGCACCGUAAACAGAAGGUCCAUAAGGGCUUAUUUUCCUUCUUAGAAGGCGAAUGGUGACGUUGUACAAGCUCUUGGAACACAACCAUUCAGGAACAUUACUAAGAAGUUUCAUUAUAAAUUAAACUAGUGGUUUGGGAUAGUUUUUAUAGGUAGCCAUAUUGAAUGACGCAUGCUAAGUUUGGACAAAUUUCUGAAAAAGGAUCAGGAUUUUUUUUUUUUGAGUGGAGCGGUCGAUUAGAUACAGUGCUCGCCUCCUGUCCCAUGGGUCGUUGGUUCGAUUACCGGACACUCCCGGUUCCCCCAGCUGUGAAUGGGUACCUAUGUUUACAAUUUGGGGAAGUGAAUGCGGUCGAGAAUAAUACCGACCAUGCUGGCUGCUUGUGUCUCGAAGGCUUAGUAAACGGUGCGCUGUACCUACACCGUACCUACCGGGCCAGUCAAUGAUCAUUUUAAGAAAGUUUUGAAAAAAAUCGAGGCAGUGGUUCUUUAGAAGUCGACCACAGCUACUGACCAUUCUGUUAAAUUUAAGCAAAGGACGACUGAAAUUUAACCGCUGCCUGUGUUAAAUCGCACUUGAAAAAACUUCUUCCACCCGCGAAAAUUUCUCAACAGUCAGGUCAAGGGAGCCUGGGCUGAGUUAGGACACUAACACAAGAUCCUGACAACACCUGACACCCUCCCUCCUCAGUGAAACACCCGAGUGAGUUACACCAUAUGUACAGUCAACAAAAUUAAUUUUCUGCACCAUAAUGGUGUUAUACAAUAUUACACACCGGACCAAGAAUUCUGAACAACACCCAUUUUCGCGGGUGAUUCUUGUUAAUUUAUCUUUAUUAACUAUAUGUGAUGUAAAAAAAAUUCAUCAUACUGGUUAUACAAUGAAUCACACAACCAGAAAUACCAACCUUACCAAAUUAACAUGGCCUCAGUCAGUGAUCGUUGCGAAGGCCAUCAGACCAAGGGGUGCAGAACGGUUUUUUUUUUUUUUUGCUGACUGAACAAUACACUUGAGCUCUGACAGAGUAUGGAUGUUAGAUGAAGAAGUGAUCUACUCGCCUCAGGAAUGUCUGUUUAUUUGAAAUAUCACUUUUGCUAUUGUAUGUUCCUUUGGUGUAAUAUAGUGUCCUGAGAACUGUGUGCUUACCACCUAUAUCCUGUUGCAGUAAGAUGUAACCCAUGAACAAUUACAUGUAGCCCAUGAACAACGAGAUGUGUCCCAUUAACAAUAAGAUGUAUCACAUGAACAACAGAUGUAACCCAUGAACAAUAAGAUGUAUCACAUGAACAACGAGAUGUGUCCCAUGAACAAUAAGAUGUAUCACAUGAACAACGAGAUGUAACCCAUGAACAAUAAGAUGUAUCACAUGAACAACGAGAUGUAACCCAUGAACAAUAAGAUGUAUCACAUGAACAACGAGAUGUAACCCAUGAACAAUAAGAUGUAUCACAUGAACAACGAGAUGUAACCCAUGAACAAUAAGAUGUAUCACAUGAACAACGAGAUGUAACCCAUGAACAAUAAGAUGUAUCACAUGAACAACGAGAUGUAACCCAUGAACAAUAAGAUGUAUCCCAUGAACAACAAAAUGUAUCUCAUGAAA